AUGCUUUAUACUCUUCAGGUGCUUCGAAAUGGAAUUCAUAGCGUGCAGUUCAAGUCCUUACAAGUUUUGCACCAUUAUUUAUACCCCUAAGACCGGGCUCUCUCUUCUCUUCCAUAGUACAGCACAAUCAUCUGAAGUUCUGAACUACAGAGCCAGCGGCCAGCAUGAGCGAUGGCAGGUACGGGUAUUCGCGCCCACCACCUCAGGGGUACUACAACAGUGGACCGCCGGUGAUGGCGCCGCCGCAGUACGCCGCUCCGCCGCCGAGACGGGAGCCGGGCUUUCUCGAAGGAUGCCUUGCUGCUCUGUGCUGCUGCUGCCUCAUAGACGAGUGCUGUUGCGACCCAUCGGUCAUAUUUGUGACCUGAUCACAGCAUUCGCCCGUCCCAGCUCAGAGAUAUACACCAUACACGUACGUGUGUUUGGCUUUUGCUGGUGAUUGAUGUUUUCAGCCUAUAGAUUACGGUGCAAAUAGCAAAACGCCAUUGGGUUCAGGUCUCAGGAUCAGAGAGAUGGAAAUGGUCUGAUCCAGAUGCUGUUCUUGUAACAGACGUAUGUACUACGCCGUUUGUUUGAAUACAAGCACGAGAGGAUAUAUGUGUGCACGAUCUGUUUUCAGAAAAAUGUAUACUCCUAUGUACGAUCUAAUGUAAGAAUAAGUAAAGGCAAACAGACGGUCACUGCUGUUGUUGGAGUUUUCGAGGUUGGACUGCUUCAGUCAGGGAACAACAGAUCGAUGCAGAUAACGGCCGCCCCAGGUUCUUAUUGCAGCAACGAACUUACAUGUAAAAUCUUGUAUUGACCGUGGCCGCACAGAUGAGUUUUUACCCCUCUUUUUAGUGGGGAAUGCA